AUGGACAACGAGGGAAACCAGCAACGGAGCAACAAUGAGGAUGUGUUGCACAGCCUGCUAGGACCCGAGGACCAAAUGAACAUUGAUUCAGCUAAUGUAGACGACGACAAUGACGACGUCUACAUUCCAGAGCCUGAGGCGCCGUCCAAGCGUCCGAAGCGCCACGCUGCGGAGCAGAUCCAAGAACUCAAAGCUGCAUACAAGCAGUGUGACCACCCUGAUGAGAAGGCGCGGCGCGCUCUCGGCGCAAAGAUUGGCUUGGAGGCUAGGCAGGCGAAGGCCCAGGUGCAGGAUACCAAGGCGGUUCAGCAAGAGCACGCCGCGCUGAUGGCCGAGAAUGCGUCACUCCGCCAUGCCAUGCUGACGAUGUCAUGCGUCGCGUGCAGCGGAGGGACGGCGCCCGCCGAGCCGUCGCCGGAGAAGCGGCGCCUGCUCGCAGAGAACGCGAGGCUCAGGGACGAGCACAUGCGCGCCACCGCCUUGCUCCACAAGAUCCUACUCGAGGCGGAGGCGCCCCCGCCGUCCGGACGCCCGGUUCCGGCCGCUUCCACCCACUCCAUGCUCUCCGCCGCCGUCGAGGGCAGGGGCGCUCUUCUCCGGCAUGCGGAGGCUUCCAUGGACCAGUUCCUGAUGCUCGCGACCAAAGGGGAGCCACUGUGGGUGCUGACCCCCGACGGCGAGGUGCUUAACUGUCAGGUGUACCAGAAGAGAACGUUCCCGGUGCUUCUCGGGACCUGCCCGGAUGGGUUCGUCAGGGAGGCUACUAGAGAGGCCGGCGUGGUUAGAGGCGCCGCCGCCCACCUCGUCGGCAUCCUUACAGAUGCGAACCGGUGGUCCGAGACUUUCCCCGGUGUAGUGGCAGGUGCGACCGCCGGCAAUGUCGUCAACGUUGGUGUUUUCGCUCCGCACAACGGGCUAAUUCAGCUGGUGAGCUCACACACACACACAUAUGUAUUCGUGCAUGUGUUAAUGUUUGAUCGUGAUCGAACACCAGCGACCGUCGGGCUUCAUUAA